AUGGAGCAAGGAAGAUCUGGAGGAGAGAGUGAUCGGAAUCAGCAACGAAAAAUGAAAAUGCCGGAAAACCUCUCAGCGGUGGCACCACCGCCGCAGCCACCGCCGCAGAAAUGCCCUCGUUGUGAUUCAAACAACACUAAGUUUUGCUACUACAACAACUACAGUUUGACUCAGCCACGGUAUUUCUGCAAGACCUGUAGGAGGUAUUGGACUCAAGGUGGAACCCUAAGGAAUGUCCCCGUCGGCGGUGGUCGCCGGAAAGGAAAAUGCACGACGAGAGGCGGCGGCGGUUCAUCUUCCUCAUCAGCCGGUGAAAGCUCAUCAAGAUCUUCUCAAGGCGCUCAGCUUCCACCGGUAGUAGCCUUAAAUAUGACAACCAAUUUGUCAGCAGCAGCUGCUUUUUUCUCAGGUAACAGUAUUUCAAGAUCUCAGCCUCUGAAUUCAUUGUAUUCUAGCGGUGGAUUUCUGCCUUCUUUAGCUGCCAUGCAAUCACAAGGUGUCAACCAACCCAGUAAUAGCCCAUUUGGUGGUACUAGUAAUACAGUACUGUUGCAAGGUUUCCAUAAUCUUCCUAAGGAGCCACAACAAAGUGGUUUUUACCAAAUGGUCAAUAAAGAAAAGUCUAAUGAAUCAUCCUUUUACCUAUCUGAUCAAACCCUGCAAUUUCAACCUACAAGGCCUAUGGGUUCUUGGACACAGAGGUUCAUCAACAACAACAUGGAUUCUUGGAACAGCUCCGCCGGCAGCAGCAGCGGCAGCGGAGGAGCUACCAACAGCACCACCGCUGGUUCAUCUCUCAGCCCUAAUCAGUGGCCUGAUAUGCCGGGGUUCGGCCCAUCUCCAUGA